AUGAAUGUAAUGUUUGCAGACGAGGAGAAAGCUCUUUCCGCGAGCACUGCCAAGACCGUUGGAACUCUGGACGUGACGAUAACGGUGGGCGAUGAAGGAGAAGGCGACAAUGACAAUGACAACGACAACGACAAUGACUCUAUAUCGAUCUAUAGCGACGAAGCCAGUCUGGACAGCGCGGCUCUUUUCGCGGCCGACGAAGACGAGAUUUCCAAGAAUCAAAAUUUGGCAGACAAACUUCCUGCCAACGAAGGCGACGAGUGGCUAGAAGAAGGAAUCGUUGAAGCGUCCAAACUCAUUCAUGGAAUCAUCGCUCUUCUCUGUCUGGGAGCUCUCGUCAUUACAGCUGUCACUCUUUACUCGGCCAGAGGCAGAGCCAACCAAGAGUACGAAAUCGCGUUUGAAGAUGUAAGCAAGGACAUUCUAGAUGUCACCAGAGAACGAUCUCAAAGCAUUCAAAGUAUACUCAGAAGCCUCAGUCGGACCAUCACCACUGCUUCCAUGCAAAACCAAAACCAAAACCAACAUCCUACCAGAUGGCCCUUUUACACACUGGAAUCCCUCCGGGACGUCGCUCAAGACUUUAUACAACUAGACAAUGCUUCACUCAUAUACUCGCCAUUGGUAUCCGACCUGGACAGACCCGCAUGGGAAUACUACGCUGUACACAACCAACACAAAGUCACACUAAACAAAAACUAUCCAUACCAAAUACCUCCAUACAUUUACAACCGAGACAAUCACACUGCAGACAUUGCACACAAUGGCACGGGGCCAUUCUCACCCGCGUGGCACAUACUGCCACUGCCUGAUUCGUACCAAACCACUUCCAGAGUCAACUACAAUAUACUUUCCAAUAACAGACUCAAACACAUCAUUGAAGCAUCCUACAAAUCAAAACAAGUGGUGACCUCAGAACUACAAUUCACAUCAGAACUUGUUGGAGAACGAUUGUGGCAAUCCGGUGGAAAACUCCAAGCACAACGACCACAAUCACUCAUUGUGCAACCCGUAUUUGACUCAUUCAAUCAAUCCACAAGACAAAUCGUGGCACACGUGUUCGCAACCGUUCCAUGGGAUAUACACUUCCUUGACAUUAUAAUACCCGAAACACAGUCCAGGGCAAGUGUUUUUCUCGUACUAACAAACUCAUGUGGAAACGAAUAUACAUACUUUGCCGAUCAAACCGGAGUCACAUUGCUCGGGGAAGGAGAUCGACAUAUACCAGAGUACGAAGACAUUGGACAGCAGUACGUACUCUCGUCCUUCGGAGGAUACAAUGCACCCGACAAUCUACAUAUUGACAACCGCACACAAAUGGGCGCUGCUUGGACGUGUAGCUUGACACUCUCCGUAUAUCCAACGGGAAGAAUGAAGUGGUACUACAGCUCCGAUACCACCGUCACGCACUUGCUAGCUCUCGUCUUUUUUGUAUUUGUACUCGUGGGAGCCCUCACGCUCACACACCAUCGAGUGACGGACGCACAUCAACGAGAUACACAAGCACAGGCAAAACGAUCCAAAGCCAUCAUCGCAUCAUUAUUCCCAGAAGCUGUGCGAGAAAAACUCUUCGACGUCGAAGGGGAAGUCAACGUCGACAAACUCGGACUCUUCAACUCAGAGGUACAAAAAGCGGUCAAAUCACCGGGAGGAGACAACCCAGAAAUUGAAGAUCUAUGGGGGAAACGAGACAAAUACGCCGACUUGUACCCCAAUUGUACCGUCUGUAUUGCGGACAUUUCGGGGUUUUCGGCUUGGAGUGCUUCCAGAGAUCCAUCCGAAAUCUUCACGUUGCUCGAGGCUGUCUUUAGUACCUUUGAUAAAAUCGCAACCAGAAGAGGCGCCUACAAAGUGGAAACCGUGGGGGAUACAUAUAUUGCAGCAGCGGGCCUGCCCAAACAACGCGAUGACCAUGCUACAGUCAUGGCUCAUUUUGCCCGCGACGCAUUGGAUGAGUUCAUUGAGGUCAGCAAUAAGCUAGAGGUGACGCUAGGCCCGGAUACAUCUGACUUGGGGGUACGCUUGGCAUUGGCUUCGGGGCCAGUCUUGGCUGGGGUUGUGCGUGGGGAGCGUGCAAGGUUCCAGAUUUUUGGAAUGACAGUAUCACGAUGCGCCGAGCUCGAACAAGAGGGCCAAGCUGAUAGGAUUCAUAUUUCCAAAGAAACCGCAGAUCUCAUCAGAGAUGCUGGGCACGGAGCCUGGGUUCGGCAUCGUAGUAGACAUGGCAACACUGACGUGGAUUCUGAAACUUAUUGGUUGUUGCCAAAGCGAUCUCUGGGGUUCUUUCAAUCCAAAGCUUCCACCUUUCGCAAUUCAUUGGUGGACGGCAGCAGUGCCACGUUCCAUACUCGGCGCUCCAACACAGCUCCAGCCCCAGCCGACAACAGGAUCUUUGAAGCGAGCAUGUCUGAAUUACAUCGCGUGCCGAUCACAGAACUUUUGGACGCCAGUAACUCAACACUGUCCAAGAAAAAUACCAACACCAAGGCAUCCACACGCGGGAGAAGGAUGUCUGCGACAUUGCUCAGUCCGGCGGCACGCCGGUCUCAGUCUUCCGCCGACAAAGUCGAACGCCUCGUCUUUUGGAAUUCCGAAGCCUUGCUUCAGGUUCUGCGAUUGGUGGUUGGAAAGCGCGAAGCAAGCAAGAAGCCGCGCCUUCGAAUGGACGAAAUAUCAAAGCUGGAAGAAGAGCUCGGCACCACCAGAUCUGUGAUUUCCGAGUUUCAAGAACCUAUUGAAAUGCCUUGCCAUAACAACGGCAAAGGUUAUUCCGAAGUGGAGCUGGGAACGAAAAUCGAAAGUCAAAUGUUUGAUUUUGUUACAAUCAUAUCCACGCUUUAUCGUCGUACCAACCCCUAUUCCAAUUUUGAGCGAGCCAGUCAUGUCACAAUGACAAUGCAAAAGCUGCUACCAAGAUUAGCGGACCCUAACAAUGGUUCGAUUCGUUCAACUCAAAGAGCAACGGGCACCGAUAGGAUAAGGAACCAUCCCUUGACUCAAUUUGCUCUCAUGCUGGCCACAUUAAUCUGCGACGUGGACCAUAGAGGCGUGUCGAACCAAGACCUCAGCAGGGAAAAUGCUUUCAUGGCAGAUCUUUACAAUCAUCGUAGUGUGAACCAGCAGAAUGCACUCGAAAUGUCAUGGCAAGCUCUGAUGGAUCCAAGCUUCCGCGACCUUCGGCGAUGCAUCUAUUCAAAUGAAGCCGAAAUACGCCACUUUCGUUCGGUUCUUGCGCACGCUGUGCUGGCAACGGAUUUGAUGGGAGGCCAAGAAGACAUGCAGCGACACUGGAAGGAAGCAUUCGAAAUAGCCGGUGUCGCAACCAAUGACUCUGUUAUGCAGUACCGAGUUACUGCUGUCAUCGAGCACAUAAUGCAGCUCGUGAGUUUGUCGGAAUACACGCAACAUUGGCACGUAUAUUGCAAAUGGUCACAGAAGCGUUUCUUGGAGAAGUACAUGGCCUUUCGUGAAGGCCGUACACAAGAAAACCCAGCAGACGGUUGGUACCAAGCCGAGUUGGACAAGUUUGAAUCCCAAGUGAUUCCUUUGGCCAGAAAAUUGCAGGAUUCCGAAGUGUUUGGCACUUGGAACAGUGACUAUCUGCGAUGUGCUUUGUCCAACAGAAAAGAGUGGGAAGCAAAAGGAAAAGAGAUUCUAGGCCUCGUCAUCCAAAAGUACAGCAUGGAGUACCAAAGUAACCAGCUAGGUGAGAGCUCCGUUGGUUUGAGCAUGGACAACAGCAGAAGCAACCAUCAGAGAGAGAUCUCGGAGAGUUUUACGCAAGAGCGGAGACGAGGAGGACGCAUUAUGGACUUUAACGGAAGGGGAUCGAUGGGCCGUCACCGUAACGCUCCUCAAGUGAUGAGAGCGUCCACUGGGGCGCAGCCCCGAAACGAACAUUCGAGGAAGACGGAGGUGCGCAAUGAGAGCGCACCUGAUCGUACUGCACAAGGACAAAACGAUCAUCUGGCAAAGCAACAUCCGUUGCAGUUGAACUAUUCCAGUGACAGUCCAAAGUCGCCAGCCACGAUGAUGAAGCAAAGCGGUUUCCUGUCUCUACUGGUGUUUUGGCACCUAAUCUUUGCCAGCGUCGUUAGUGCCAGCGAUGAUGUUGCCGACGAGAACAAACUCGACUUUAUGCGGCUUCCUCCCCCGAAAGAAGAAGUCGUCGAAGACACUAGCAGUAUGGAUCACAUUGACGGGUGGACGGAGCCUGGCCAGCUUCGACGAAGAGCCCAAGCUGAUAGCUUUUUCCCCGCGGACGACCCGUACUGGAAUCCAUUUGGAGUAAUGGAGCGAAAGAGAUGUGUCCCUUUUGAAAACUUGCGCGAUGACCAGAAGACGAACGCACUCGUAGAUCAAGAUUGCGUGACAGGAGGGGGUCAGUGCGGAGGGGGCGGAUCUUGUUGCAGAGCAUAUUUCUGGCUCCGAUGCGAUGGUGAUAGCUCGUUUGCUUAUGUCCCCUGCGUGUGCGCCUCCAAUACGUGGCCAUCAGAAGCGUGGACUCGAGCUCCCACUCCCACGAUUCCCACCCCCUUUCCUACCCCGUUUCCAUCCCCAAUGCCCACUCCCAACCCGACAUUUCCGCCUACAGAACCUCCUACAAUGUUGUCCGCCACACCGGGCCCCACUCCAGCAGCAGCAGCUCCAGGAAAUACCACUCGUUGGUAG